AUGUCUUACGGAGGUGGAUACGGAGGCCGCGAUGGCGGCCACAGCAAUGGCUACAGCGGUGGCUAUUCAAAUGGUCACUCUAACGGUUACAGUGGCGGCAAUGGCUAUUCUGGAGGUGCUUCUCACGGCUACGGCGGCUCCAAUGGCUAUUCCUCAGGCGGAGGUUACGGCAACGGUGGCGGCGACAAAAUGUCACAACUAGGAUCCGGCCUCAAAGAGCAACAUUGGGAUAUGUCAACUUUACCUAAAUUCGAGAAGUCCUUUUACAAGGAACACCCUGAUGUCGCCAAUCGAUCCUCCCGAGACGUUGAUGCAUUUCGAAAAGAGAAGGAAAUGACGGUUCAGGGAAGACAUGUACCAAGACCAGUAGAAACAUUCGACGAAGCAGGCUUUCCUGCAUAUGUCAUGUCCGAAGUCAAGGCUCAAGGUUUUGAUCGACCAACCGCGAUUCAAUCGCAGGGCUGGCCUAUGGCUUUGUCCGGACGUGAUGUAGUUGGUAUUGCUGAAACUGGUUCUGGUAAAACUCUCACAUACUGUCUCCCUGCAAUCGUACAUAUCAAUGCUCAACCCCUUCUUGCUCCUGGCGAUGGUCCCAUUGUUCUUGUUCUUGCUCCUACCCGAGAGUUGGCUGUUCAAAUUCAACAAGAGAUCACAAAGUUUGGCAAAUCCUCCCGCAUCAGAAAUACCUGCGUUUACGGAGGCGUUCCCAAAGGUCAGCAAAUCCGUGACCUAUCACGGGGCGUUGAAGUCUGUAUCGCAACACCUGGUCGAUUGAUCGAUAUGCUUGAGGCUGGCAAAACUAAUCUUCGACGUGUUACUUACCUUGUACUCGAUGAAGCAGAUCGUAUGCUUGACAUGGGUUUCGAGCCUCAGAUUAGAAAGAUUAUUGGACAGAUUCGACCCGAUCGACAAACCGUGAUGUGGUCCGCCACAUGGCCCAAGGACGUUCGACAACUUGCAUCAGAUUUCUUGCAAGACUAUAUCCAAGUCAACAUUGGCUCUAUGGAGCUCUCCGCUAACCACCGAAUCACCCAGAUCGUCGAGGUCGUUUCCGAUUUCGAGAAGCGCGACCGUAUGACAAAGCACCUAGAACAGAUUAUGGAGGACCGCGACAACAAGAUCUUGAUCUUCACUGGUACAAAAAGAGUAGCUGACGAUAUCACACGUUUCCUACGACAAGAUGGGUGGCCAGCACUGUCUAUUCAUGGCGACAAACAACAAAACGAACGUGACUGGGUCCUGAACGAAUUCAAGGCUGGAAAGAGCCCCAUCAUGGUUGCUACGGACGUGGCAUCCCGUGGUAUUGAUGUCCGAGACAUUACUCAUGUCUUCAACUAUGAUUACCCUAACAAUUCAGAGGACUAUGUUCACCGAAUUGGUCGAACAGGACGAGCAGGACGGAAAGGAACAGCCAUCACACUGUUCACCACAGAGAAUGCCAAACAAGCGCGAGAUCUUAUCACUAUCCUAACAGAAGCCAAGCAGAACAUUGAUCCUCGUCUGGCAGAAAUGGGCCGCUACAGUGGUGGCGGCGGCGGCGGUCGUGGCUAUGGACGGGGAGGUCAUCGAGGCGGUGGUCGAGGAGGCUACACAGGCGGCAACAACGCGCCACUUGGACGAAACCGAUGGUGA